AAACGCUGUUAACAAAUUGUGUAGCUGGAUAGUGUGGGCGAAAAGGAAACAUUUCAAGGCGUUCCUAUUUGGUUUUAGACGGGCUGGCAGUGCUGCCGCUUUGGCAUCGGCCAUCGCCGCAACUGUUGUCCUGGGAUACACAAAAGGAUUUGCAGACGCCCAGGACGCGGGAGUAAAUACAACAGCGCCAGCACAUCGCGGCGGAAGCGAAACCGAACUGCACAGCGGCAGUUGAAAUUGAUUGAAAGAACAACAAAAACGGAAAGGUGGGUUGGCUGAGCAUCCAAGUGCGGAGCGCGGGAUUCCUGCCUGUAACCAGAAAUCCUGCGAAAUCAAGGCAAACGUUUGAUGUGCAGCCGCGCGAAGACGCCGACGUGGCAGCCAAACAACCGAAAGAGAGCAAGCAAAAGGACCCCGAAAACCACUCCUCCACCCUUGAAGCCCACUUGUUCAUCUACCUUCAAGGACCUAUUCAAAUAAGCACAGACCGCCAUGUCGCAGACCCAAUUCGAAACCGGCUCGGAUAGUGUCGAUGCCCCGCCGGAAUCCUUCAGCACCGACGAACCACGAGUCGUGUGGCUGAAGACGAUUAUUUCCAAUUUGCUGGGAGUUUUCGAGCCCAAAUACGUGAAUGCCACGAUCAACAAAUGUAUGCCCGCCGUGGACGCUUUCUUUCAGCGACGCUACGAAAGCCAGAAGGAUCUGGAAUACGUCGUCCUGUUCUUUUGGCGCACCUUUUACGACAAACUAAUCGAGGAGGAGAUAACCGUGCUGGAGGAGGUGCCACGUCCACCGCCGACAGUGCCCGACAAGAAGGGCAAGGGCAAAAAGAAGGGUGAUGCUCGAAUGGCGGGUGGAAAGUCCGCUGGCAAAGCCGGAGCAGCUGCAGGAGCAGCCGGAAAAGGACGCAAGAAGGCAGGACAGGAGCCAGCGGCUCCGCCCGGCGGAGAUCAGGAACACAUCGAGGAGGCCAACACAGGCGGAGAAACCACAGAUGCUGAGGUAGAAGGCGAAAUGGAGGGCGAGGAGGAGGCCACCGUCGCCGGCAGUGGCAAGAGCUCCGCCAGAUCCAGACGCUCCAAAAAGAAGAAGAAGCCGAGCUAUGUCCCAGUUUACGUGGAAGUGAAGAAACUAGUUCCUGCGUACGUGCAGACGCCACAAAUUCAUUGCCACUUCGGACAGAUGGAGUCCGAGGAUCUCGACCCGAAAAUAAAAUACACCUACAUAGUGCGGAAGAACAGGAGGGAGAUACCCUGGUUCAAUGAGAUACCGACUUGCUUCGCACAAAUGCCGCUGUACUUUCUGAUUGGAACCGUUCGGGGCUCACUCAUCAACUCACUGCGCGAUGACUUAAACUUGGUUUACAAGAGCGCCAUUCAAUUUCAAUUUCGCGAACCGGCCACAGCGGACAGCCAGCAAAUGGACAGUUAUGAGGGGCAGGCCGCAGGAUCCGGAGGAGGAGCGGGCGAUGCCGGCGAGGAUAUAUCCAGCGAGGCCAAGGAAUCGGGACCGGGUCUAUUGGAGCUAUCCAAACCAUCGGAAUUUCGUUUGAGAGCGCUUAAACAACAAAAGAAGAAGAAGCACGCCGAGGCGGCUGCCAAAAAGGCGAAGGCCCAGAAACCGGAGGGAGAACCCACAGAGGAAGACGAGGAAGGCGACGCCCACAAAAUCGACGCCGCCCAUUUAUCGUCGUCCGAAGAAGAGGUGGAAGUGAAGGUCGAAAAGCUGACGAUUGCCCAGCGUUGGGAGAAAAUGCUCACUGAGACGAAGGCCAAAGUGGAGGCCGAACACGCCGCCGAGGAGGUCACGCCCCCAAAAAUCACGCCCAUCCAGAGACGGAUACUAAAAGAAAUCGAGGAGUUCCAGAGCGAAAUCACCUGGACCAUCAACCACAUUGUCUGGGCCUUCAGCUUGCCCUCGUCCUACAUACUUCCUGGUCAGGAGGAGACCGAGUUCGAGGACGCCAUCAUCCGAGUGCCAGUCGAUCCCAAGCGAUUGGAUCUGGUGAUCACCUACACUCAGCAGCAACUUGAGGAGAUCGUCGACGGUUGGAUCAAAUACCUCAAGAAGACAAUGAAAUCUUUGACUGAUGCCAAGCUGGAUGAUUUCACUCCGAUGGCCGAGCAUCGAUAUUGGCACAAAAUGGAGGUGGAACUCUACGGCACUUUGGAGCAGUUGAAAACUGAAUUCGUGGUGGCUGUACUUCAAAGACUUACUGAUGACAAUUCCCCGGUUCUGGCCGAGUGGCAAAACGUUUUGGAGAAAACAGAAGCUCGCUUUAAGUUGGCCAAGGAGAACUCCGAUUACUUAGGUACCAUCAUAGACUAUCUGGAGAAAGUGCGCAGCUAUGAGAGCUUCAAGAUGGUGGUGCUCCAGAUCCCCAACAUCAUGGUUGGGCUGCGCCACAUCUGGACCAUGUCCAGCCACUUUUGCCGGGAUCCCGAGAUGCAGGUCUUGCUCUGCCAGAUCUCCAAUGUGUUCGUUCAGAAGGUGAAGAGCAUCAUCAACUUCGAGAACAUAUUCAAGUACUCGGCAACCUACACCUACGAGACGGCCACCAACUGUGCCAAUUUACUGCGCUGCUGGAAGCAGGCCUACAAGCUCAGUCGCCAGCACAUCGAGGAUUCGGGGGCAGGAUCCCGUUGGGAAUUCGACAGCGUGGCGCUCUUCAACGAGGUCAAUCACAUCCAUCGCGUGGCCGUGGACAUUGCCUAUGUGGGUCGGGUGUUCGUCCAGUAUGAGAAUCUUUUUGGACAUCGGCUAAAGGCCUGCAUUGCGGAUCCUUCAAUUGUGGACAAUUUGAUGCGUAAGGUCUACCGUAUGCUCGAUGAUUUGAUCAAGAGCGUGGACUACGACAUGUUCAGGCCAGGAAACUGGGAGAACUGGGAGUACUCUCUGGAGAUGUUCAACAAGCGGCUGGACAACGUUGAGAACGAGGCCAAGAAUGUGAUCGACCAGAGCAUCAAUUCGCUGCUGUCUUCUGAAAAAGGCCUCGAUCUGAUCAUCAAUGCCAUGAACAUCGAUACGAGACAAGGACUCCAAGAGUUUGUGUCCACCAAACACGAGAACCUACUGCGAUUCUUUGUUACUGAGAUUAAUGCUGUAGAGCGGGUGUUUACGAAAUUGAAAAAGUCACCGCCCAUGGCAAAACAUCAGCCGGCCAAAAUAAGCGCCAUUUUCUGGGCCCGCCUGCUUGGCAAAAAGCUCAAGACCUCUGUGCUGGCAUUCAAAAGGGUGGAAGAUGAGCCCGCUAUUAAAAAUAGCUUCCUUAAGCGCAGUUCCUUUAAGCAGUACUUCGAGUUGAUGACGGUAAUGUUCCAGUUUGAGAAGGUGCUCUUCGAGAACUUUAUCCAGACCGCCACGUACCUCGUGAACACGACGAACCGAUCGAAUGUGCUAAGUAUUCGAAUAUGCAAGGAAGCUACUAUGGCCUAUAUCUCUGAAGCCGUUCAAACCCUGAAGGCAAAACCCCGGGAAAUUCAGACUAGCGGCGGUUCCAAGCGUGUAACUCCCGUGAAAUCGAAUCUUGCGCAGCUUCAGUCAAAAGCCUCCAGUGCCUUUAGUUUAGCCGAAUCGGUGAUAACAGAACUCAGUUCUUCGUCCGAGGAUGAGGCCUUGGCGGUGGGCGACACAUCUCAAAAGAAGCUAAUGUGCCGCAUCAACCGACUGACCGUUUUAGUGGCCAUGAUCAUGUGGAUGCUCAGCAGUACGCGAAAGGCCAACAUACAACUGCAGGAGUGUAUAUCCUUUAUCAAAAUGGUCAAGGAAAAGAAACCCAAAGAUGUCACGCUUAUGGAUAAGCACUGUGUGAGGACCUGCGAAUUGCUACAACGUGCCGAGUCACAGUAUCUGUUGCCCAUUUGGCGCGAAUUGGUGGAGGACAAGACCCUGAUCGAGUAUGACAUGGACUUUGUCGUCAAUCUAAAGCGCGAUGUAUUCGAUGUUCUGUUCGAGGCCCAGCAAUUUGAGCACCUGGGCUUCACACUUCCCACUGUGCUGCGUACGGCGAUCAUGAAGAAGGAUCUGCUCUUCAAGGACUUCGAAAGGAUGAGCGAAGUGAUCGAGAAGUACAGGGCGAUUAUCAGCAACCUCUCGAUGUCCGAGGUGAUCUUCCUCCGGGGCCACAUUUAUGACACGGAGCUCUUCAUCCAAAUGGGAGUGGGGCGCUACACUUGGACCUCCUUUAACAUAGGCAAAUUCUGCGAUCAAAUCAAUUCGCAGCUCCGUAAGCUCACUUCUAUAGUCUCGCAAAUCAACUUUAUUCGCCUGGAUCUGCGAUCUCGCAUUGAUAUGAUAAAGAGCUACAAUUUGUUUAACCUUGAUGAAGAACUCAAGGGUGAGAGAAAAUCGAUUACCUCGGAACUAUCCGAGAGCAUGCAGGAGCAAAAGAAUACGUCGAGAGGGUUCAAAUCCACGACUGGCGGAACUGUGACUAUGUUCACUGUCGAAAAGGCGGUGCCCGCAGAGGAAAUGGCAGAGCAAAUCUGUGGGUCGGGCAUUUAUCCCUGUCAGGGAUAUUUCGAACUGCUGGAGGCCUCGCGCAAUCGGAAGGCGGCGCAGAUGAAAAAACUUUACGAUUCCCUGGGUCCAGUGUUGGUCAAGUUGGAGAGCUUGGUACUCGGAACAUUUUCGGGCAGAUCGGACCGAAUGAAAACCUACUAUGAAUUCUGGGAAGAAGAGACAUACAAGUGCAUUGUUGACAUGACAUAUCAGAAUCUCAAGUGCUUUAUAAACCGACUACUCUCCGAUAAACCCAUGUUUGAGGUCAACGCUGUGCUUCUAAUGUCCGAGAUCGUUUUAGAACCUUCAGUUCAGGAGCUGCAGAACACCAUAGUAACUGCCACUAAAGACUACAUCUCGAGGAUGAAAAUGUUUACACGCUGGAUGACCGGAACGUGCAUCGCCUGUCCUCUUGUGGAAAUGGGCAAAGCGUUCAAGUACAACUACACCUACUAUGAGGACGUUAUCCAGAUAAAAGCCAUUGUGGAUUUGGUCAUAAACAUACACGAUUUGGCUGUUAAAGUAGCCAACGAAGCUAGGUGUUUUGUGUCUCAAUUUCGCAAGUACUUCAAUCUGUGGGCCUUCGAGAAAGGCUACAUCUGCCAAAAGUUCCUGGAGAAGCAGGUGACGCUCAUCGAAAUCGAUGAGAAAUUUACAUUUUACUCGUCCAUUGUGGAAACGCUGGCCAACACCCGCAAGUACCAGGACAUCAAGUGUGUGCGCAUAAAUUUGCAGCCUCUGCUGGAGAGCAUAACGCAGCAUGCCCAGGAUUGGUGCACCACACUUGGCGAGGAGCUGUUGCGCCAUGUGAACGACAACAUGAGGGCCAUGCGUAACGAAAUCAAAACCCUCAGCCUGAACCUCAACAAGACCACACGCGAGCUGGAGGACUUCAAGCUGGUCAUGACCACCAUUGCCACGGUGCAGUCGACGACAUUGUCCAACGAGCAGAAAAUCCACGAAAUGCAAGAGACCUUCACCAUUCUCAGCGAGCACAAAAUCAUGUUCCCCUACGAGGACAUGCUGAUGGCCCACCACCUGGAGAAGCGCUGGAAGAGGUUGUUCCUGUCGGCCUUGUAUCGCUACGAGAAGCUGCAACCAAUUAAGCAGAAAUUCGCCGACAUGACUUCCGUCGAAAUCGAUGAGUUCUGCGAUGAUCUGGGCGAGUUUAUCAAGGACUACGAUGAGAACGGGCCAGGAUCCGUGGGUGCCGAACUGGAGCGAGGUGUGCGUCUGAUGGAUCCCUAUGGGCAGAAAAUCGCCGAGCGAGAAGCUCGACGGGAAGAAUUGGCCAACGCAGAGAGGCUAUUUGAUAUGGCCAUGGUGGACUACCACGAGUUUGCCCGGGUGCAAACGGAGUUCGAGGGUUUGCAGCAGCUGUACAAACUCUACAAGGCGCAGAAAUUCGCUCGCGAGGGCUGGGGCAAGACCUUGUGGGCCGAUCUGGAUCCCAAUGUGCUGACCGAGGGCGUUGAGAGCUAUCUGAAGGAGUUCCGGAAAUUGACCAAGCCGGUGCGCACGCUGCCAGUUGGCGUGCAGCUGGAGAUCCACAUGAAGCAGUUCAAGGGCACCGUGCCCCUGAUGGUCAGCCUCAAGCACGAGGCCCUGCGCGAGCGCCACUGGCUGCAGUUGAUGGAGAAGACCGGCCAGUACUUCGACAUGUCGCCGGCCCGCUUCACGUUGGAGAACAUGUUCGCGAUGCAGCUGCACAAGUAUCAAGACAUCGCCGAGCAGAUCCUGACCAACGCCAUCAAGGAGCUGCAAAUCGAGCGGGGUGUCCAGGCCGUCAUCGAGACCUGGGCCACGAUGGCCUUCAAGACCUUCAAGCACUACAAGGGCAUGGAGGACCGCGGCUGGGUUCUGGGGCCAGUGGACGAGAUCAUGCAGGUGCUCGAGGACAACGCCAUGAACCUGCAGUCCAUGGGAGCGAGUCAAUUUAUUGGGCCUUUUCUGGAGACGGUGAACAAGUGGGAGCGGACCUUGGCCCUCAUCUCGGAGAUCAUCGACGAAUGGCUGGUGGUGCAGCGCAAGUGGCUCUAUCUGGAGGGCAUCUUCAUUGGCGGCGACAUUCGCACCCAGCUGCCGGAGGAGGCGCGGAAAUUCGAUGACAUUGACAAGUCGUACCGCAGGAUCAUGGUCGAUUGUGCCAAAAAUCCGUUAGUGGUGCCAUUCUGCACACUGCCGGGUCGCUUAGUGGAAAUACAGGGCCUGGGCAUUGGCUUGGAAAAUUGUCAGAAGUCGUUAAACGAAUAUUUGGACUCGAAGCGUCGCAUUUUCCCGCGUUUCUAUUUCAUAUCCACCGAUGAGCUGCUCUCGAUCCUGGGCAGCAGUGAGCCAUCUGCAGUGCAGAACCACAUCAUUAAGAUGUACGACAACAUCAAGUCGCUGCGCCUGGUGAAGGAGGGCAGCCAGACGAUUGUUACCGCCAUGAUUUCCAGCGAGGGCGAGGUCAUGGAGUUUCGGCACUCCGCUCGAGCAGCGGGACGCGUGGAGUUCUGGAUGAACGAUGUGCUGGACGAAAUGCGGCGCUCCAAUCGCUUCAUAAACAAGACGGCCAUCUACGAUUUUGGCACGGAUCUGCAAAUUUCAAGGCCCGACUGGCUAAUGAACUACCAGGGAAUGAUUGGACUGGCGGCGAGUCAGGUCUGGUGGACCGCCGAGGUGGAGGAGGCCUUCGACCAGGCCCAAAACCACGGCAACAUGAGGGCCAUGAAGGACUUCCUGGGCAAGAACAACUACCAGAUCGAGGAGCUGGUCUUAAAAGUGCGUUCCAAUCUUUCGCGCAACGAUCGAUUGAAAUUCAAGGCCCAGUGCACGGUGGAUGUCCACGCGAGGGACAUCAUCGACAACUUUGUGCGGGACAAUGUCCUGGACGCCAGCGAGUUCAGUUGGGAGAGCCAGCUGCGCUUCUACUGGAUCAAGUUCUACGACAAUCUGCAUGUGCUCCAGUGCUCUGGCAGCUUUGACUUCGGCUACGAGUACAUGGGUCUCAACGGCCGCCUGGUCAUCACCCCGCUCACGGAUCGCAUCUACCUGACCAUCACCCAGGCGCUGCUCAUGAAUCUGGGCGGAGCUCCGGCAGGACCAGCCGGAACGGGCAAAACGGAGACCGUCAAGGAUCUGGCCAAGGCCAUGGGGCUGCUCUGCGUGGUGACCAACUGCGGCGAGGGCAUGGACUACCGGGCAGUGGGCACCAUUCUCUCCGGCUUGGUCCAGUGCGGCGCCUGGGGAUGCUUUGAUGAGUUCAACAGAAUAGACAUCUCCGUGCUCAGUGUGAUUUCCACCCAGCUGCAGACCAUCAGGAAUGGCUUGAUUAGGAAACUGGAACGGUUUGUGUUUGAAGGCGUUGAGAUCAAGCUGGAUCCCAAGUGCGGCGUGUUUGUGACCAUGAAUCCUGGCUACGCUGGUCGCACGGAGUUACCCGAGUCCGUGAAGGCUCUCUUCCGUCCAGUGACCUGUAUCAAACCAGAUCUCGAGUUGAUCUGCUUAAUCUCCCUCUUCUCCGAUGGCUUCCUAACCGCCAAAGUGCUGGCCAAGAAGAUGACCGUUCUCUACUCCCUGGCACAAGCUCAACUAUCCAAGCAGUGCCACUACGAUUGGGGUCUGCGAUCCCUGAACUCUGUAUUGAGAAUGGCCGGUGUGAUGAAGCGCCAGUCGGAGGAUCUUCCUGAGGCGGUGGUGCUGAUGCGAGUGCUGCGCGACAUGAACUUCCCCAAGUUCGUGUUCGAGGAUGUGCCGCUCUUCCUGGGGCUCAUCAAGGAUUUGUUUCCGGGCAUCGACUGUCCCCGCAUCGGCUAUCCGGACUUCAAUGCGGCCGUGCGUCAUGUGCUGGUCAACGACGGCUACAUUCUGCUUCCCGAUCAGGAGGACAAAGUGGUGCAGAUGUACGAGACCAUGAUGACCCGGCACUCGACCAUGUUGGUGGGUCCAACAGGUGGCGGGAAAACGGUGGUCAUAAAUGCCCUGGUCAAGGCGCAGACCCACAUGGGCCUGCCCACCAAGUGCCUUGUGCUUAACCCCAAGGCCUGCUCUGUGAUUGAAUUAUACGGCUUUCUGGAUAUGGAAACGAGGGACUGGAUUGAUGGAUUGUUUUCAAAUAUAUUCCGUGAAAUGAAUAAGCCCAUCGAGCGUGAGGAGCGCCGCUACGCCUGCUUCGAUGGAGAUGUGGACGCCCUGUGGAUCGAGAACAUGAACUCGGUGAUGGAUGACAACAAGCUGCUGACGCUGGCGAACGGCGAGCGCAUUCGCCUGGAGAACUACUGCGCCCUGCUCUUCGAGGUGGGAAACCUGAACUACGCCUCCCCCGCCACGGUUUCCCGGGCAGGAAUGGUUUACGUGGACCCGAAGAACCUGCGGUACAGUCCCUACUGGCAGCGGUGGGUCCUCACCCGGCCGGAGCCCCAGCGGGAGCUGCUGAACGACUUCUUCGAGAAGAUCAUCACGCAGGCAAUAGCUUUCAUUUUAGAGGGUCUGGAUGGCACCACGCAGGGGAAUCCCUUGAAACUGGUUAUUAUGCAGACGGAUCUUAACAUGACCACGCAGUUCUGCAACCUGUACGACGCCCUGCUGCCCAACUACGUGAUGGACAGCAAGAACUACGACGAGCCAGUGCUGCAGACGUACAACACGGACACUCUGGAGUGCUGCUUCCUGCAGGCCGUCUACGGAUCCCUGGGCGCCUGCCUGCUGGAGAAGCACCAGAUCGUGUUCGACGAGUACAUGAAACGCAUAUCCGGCUUCCCACUGGUGCAGGACACCCCGGAGAGUCCCGCAUCCGGAGGGCAGUUCCCGCAGAGCAAGCCCACGCUGUACGACUACUUCUGGGACAUCAAGGACAACGUGUGGAAGGCCUGGGAGUGGGUGGUGCAGCCGUACACGCACGACCCGCAGGUGAAGUUCAGCGAGAUCCUGGUGCCCACGGUGGACAACACGCGGACAAACCGAACACUGAGUCUGAUGAGCGAGAUCAAACGACCCGUUCUGCUGGUGGGCGAGGCGGGAACAUCAAAGACGGCCACCAUCAUGCAAUAUUUGCGCAAUCUCAAUCCGAGUGUCAACGUCAUACUCAAUAUUAAUUUUUCAUCGAGGACCUCCUCGCUGGAUGUGCAGCACACUCUGGAGGCGGCCGUCGAGAAGCGCACCAAGGAUACGUACGGGCCACCGAUGGGCAAGAGAAUUGCCUGCUUUAUUGAUGACAUGAACAUGCCGCAGGUGGAUGAGUACGGCACCCAGCAGCCAAUCGCCCUGCUGAAGCUAUUCUUCGAGCGCGGCGGAAUGUACGACCGCGACAAGGAUCUCAACUGGAAGAAGUUCAAGGACCUCACCUUCUACGCAGCCAUGGGAACGGCGGGCGGCGGUCGAAACGAGGUGGAUCCCCGGUUCAUCAGCAUGUUCUCAACGUACAACAUCAUAUUCCCCAACGACGAGUCCCUCAUCCAGAUCUACUCGUCCAUCUUCAAAGGCCACAUGACCUUCGUCAAGUUCCAGGACAAGUAUAUGAUGAUAGCCGACAUGAUUGUACACAUGACACUAAAGCUGUUCAAGAUUGUGAUUGUGGAUCUGCCGCCGACGCCCUCCAAGUUCCACUACAUCUUCAAUCUGAAGGAUCUGUCGCGCAUUUUCGCCGGAAUGCUGUUGAUCGAGCCCACCUGCUUCAAGAAUCUGCGGGACUUGAUCAGAGUGUGGCGCAACGAGUACACCAGGAUCAUCUGCGAUCGCCUGAUAGCGGAUUCUGACAUUGCUAAUGUGCGUAAAACUCUGGCUGCUGAAGUGGCCGAUCGUUUUCCUCCGUCCUUUGAGGAGGAGCACGGAUUCAUUGAUGCAGCGGAGGCGGAAGCAGAGGCUCAAGCUCGACUGCUCUACGAACCGUCUAAAACAGACAUGGACAUGGGAGAAGAGGAAGGUGAAGAGGAAGAGGAGGGCGAGGAGGCACCUGCGGUGAUACUAAAUCUUAAGGACUACGUCCUGCGGGAUCCGCUGCUCUUUGGUGACUUCCGCAACUUCACCAACGAAUCGGAGGCCCGUUUGUACGAGGAUUUGCUGGACUACCCCUCUGUUUUCUCCCUGUUCACCGAGAUCCUGGAGGAGUACUGCGAACGCAAGCAGAAGAUGACGCUGGUUCUCUUCGAGGACUGCCUGGAGCAUCUGACCCGAGUCCACCGAACACUGCGCAUGAAUCGCGGCCAUGUGCUGCUCAUUGGAGUUGGUGGCAGUGGAAAGAAGUGCAUCACCCGACUGGCAUCCUUCGCAGCCGAGUGUGAAGUGUUCGAGAUCACCAUUUCACGAGGUUACAAUGAGGCCGCCUUCCGCGAGGACCUCAAGGUCCUGUACACCAUAGCGGGCGUGAAGCGGAAGAAAGUUGUCUUCCUGUUUACGGGAGCUCAGGUGGCCGAGGAGGGUUUCUUGGAGCUGAUCAACAAUAUUCUCACAGUGGGUCAGGUUCCUGCUUUGUUCCCAGAUGAAGACAAAGACGGCAUUGUCAAUCAAGUGCGCAAGUUUGCCGAGGAGGAGGGUAUUUCGGCUUCCAAAGACGCUGUUUGGGCCUACUUCCUGCGCACCUGUGCGGAAAACCUUCACGUGGUCCUCUGCAUGUCUCCGGCUGGCGAUGCGCUGCGCAAUCGGUGCCGCAAUUUCCCGGGACUCAUCGGCAGUACCUACAUCGACUGGGUGUUCCCGUGGCCCCGACAGGCAUUGUACGCGGUGGCCAAGCUCUUCCUGACCGAGCAUCGCCUUAUUCCGGCCGACCAUCGGGAUGCCAUCGUCGAGCACGUGGUCCAUGUGCACACCACCAUCCAGCAGUACUCGAAGGACUAUCUGGCCAAACUGAGGCGCAACAACUUUGUGACGCCGAAACACUAUUUGGACUAUAUAAAUACCUACAGGGGAUUGUUGGAGGAAAAGGCCAAAUUCAUCACCCAACAACGAUCGCGUCUUGGAGAGGGAAUCAAGAAAAUCGAGGAGGCGUCGGUGCAAAUCGACGAGCUCCGCAUUAUUGUCACGGAGCAAAAGAAGAACGUAGCUGUUGCCUCGGAGGAAUGCGAGGCCAUGCUGGUGACCAUCGAGUCGUCCACCCAGAAGGCCAAUGUAAAGAAGGCUGAGGCAUCAGAGAAAUCCGUUGAAGUGGAAAUCAAGGGCAAGCAGAUUGCCAUCGAAAAGGACGAGGCCGAGGAGAUCCUGGCCGAGGCGAUGCCGGCCCUCGAGGAGGCCAGAUUGGCUCUGUCCCAAUUGGAAAAGGCCCAGAUCACGGAGAUCCGAUCCUUUGCCACUCCACCAGCUGCAGUGCAGGUGGUCUGCGAAUGUGUGGCCAUUCUGAAAGGAUAUAAGGAGAUCAAUUGGAAGAGUGCCAAGGGAAUGAUGAGCGACGUGAACUUCCUGAAGAGCUUGAUGGAAAUGGAUUGCGAGGCGUUGACCCAGAAGCAGAUAACCCAGUGCAGGCAGCACAUGAAGAGCGGAAACCUGGAGGACAUGGCCAAGAUCUCCAUCGCCGGAGCAGGACUUCUUAGAUUCGUAAGGGCUGUUUUGGGCUUCUUCGACGUGUACAAGGAGGUGAAGCCGAAGAAGGAGCGGCUGGACUUCCUCGUAGAAGAGCAAGACGUGCAGAUCAAACUGCUCAACCACUUGAACUCUGAGAUCCAAAAGCUGGAGGAGAAGCUGAACCAGUUGAACGAAAACUAUGCAACCUCCAUGAAACAGAUGAAAGCCCUUACUGAAAUGAUGCAGCAGGCUGAGCGGCGGCUGAUCGCCUCCGAUAAACUGAUCAGCGGCUUGAGCUCCGAAUUGAUCCGCUGGAGCAAGGAGAUGGCCAGCCUGGGCCAGCAGCUGAUCGACAGCGUGGGAGUUUGCCUCAUCAGUGCCUCGUUUUUGGCCUACACAGGCGCCUUUACCUGGGAAUUCCGCAAGGCGAUGGUCUUCGAUGACUGGCUGGAGGACAUCGUUUCCCUGGGAAUUCCCAUUCAGCUGCCCUUCAGGAUCGAUGGCUACCUCACCACCGAUGUGGAGAUCUCGCAGUGGACCAACGAGGGUCUGCCGCCCGACGAGCUGUCCAUUCAGAACGGCAUCCUCACCAUGAGAGCAUCUCGCUUCCCCCUUUGCAUUGAUCCCCAGCUGCAGGCGCUUCAGUGGAUUCGCAAGAGGGAGUUCCGCCACAACCUCAAAGUGCUCUCCUUCAGCGAUUCGGACUUUCUCAAGCAGCUGGAAAUGGCCAUCAUGUAUGGAACACCCGUGCUGUUCGAGGAUGUGGACGAUUACAUAGACCCGGUGAUAGAUGACAUCCUGCAGAAGAACAUUCGCAUUCAGGGCGGUCGCAAGUUCGUCAUGCUGGGAGACAAAGAGGUGGACUGGGAUCCUGGUUUCAGGGUCUACCUCACCACCAAGUUCUCCAAUCCCAAGUUCGAUCCUGCCGUGUACGCCAAGGCAUUGGUUAUCAACUAUACGGUGACCCAAACUGGGUUGGAGGAUCAGCUGCUGAGCGUGGUGGUGGGCACCGAGCGGCCGGAUCUGGAGGCUCAGCGAGAGUCCCUGAUUGAGCAGACCAGUGAAAACAAGCAGCUCCUGCAGCAGUUGGAGGACUCGCUGCUCCGUGAGCUGUCCACCUCGACGGGCAACAUGCUGGACAACGUGGAGCUGAUAGAAACUCUGGAAAAUACGAAAACCAAAGCGGGCGUCGUCAUGGAGCAACUGAAACUGGCAGCGGAUACGGCGGCUGACAUUGAGGUCCUGCGAAACGGUUACCGACCGGCUGCCAAACGAGGAGCAGUGCUCUUCUUCGCCCUUUCGGAUAUGGCCACUGUUAAUAGCAUGUACCAGUAUGCCCUGGCCGCCUAUCUGGAUGUCUUCGUCUACUCCCUCCGCAAAGCUGUGCCGGAUGCGAGUCUGAACAAGCGACUGAACAACAUCAUCAAAACGCUGACGGAGAACGUCUACUGCUACGGAUGCACGGGCAUCUUUGAGCGGCACAAGCUGCUCUUCUCCUUCCAGAUUGCCACGAAGCUGGCCCAGAGGGACGGCAUCCUGCUGCAGUCGGAGCUGGACUUCUUCAUCAAGGGCAGCAUCGCGCUGACCAAGAGCGAGCGGUCCAAUCCCUGCAAGUGGCUGGGCGAGAAGAGCUGGGAGGAUGUGCUCAAGUUGAGCUUCGACUUCCCGGAAACCUUCGGCACCUUGCCAGACCACUUUGGUCGAUUCAACGCCGAGUGGAAGGAGUGGUUCGACUUGGAGAAUCCCGAGGAGGUGGCAUGUCCGGGCGACUACAACAUCAAUUGCAAUGCAUUCCAGAAAUUAAUGUUCCUGCGCUGCUUCCGCGUGGAUCGCAUCUUCCGGUGCAUAAAUCAAUACAUCGUCGAGACGAUGGAUGAGUUCUAUAUUAUGCCUCCGGUGGUGAGCUUCGCGGCCAUCUACGAGCAGACCUCCAGCACGAUUCCCGUGUGCUUUGUACUGAGUGCCGGUUCGGAUCCCACCAACGAUCUGAUAAAGCUGGCGGACACUAUCGUGGGCAUGUCCAACUUCAGCCACAUCUCACUGGGACAGGGACAGGAGAAGGCUGCUCUGCGACUGCUGGACACAGCCAUCAAGCAGGGAAUGUGGCUGAUGCUGCAGAAUGGACACCUGCUGAUCAGGUUCGUCCGGGAGCUGGAGAAGUAUCUGGACCGCAUCGAGAACCCGCACCCGGACUUCCGACUGUGGAUAACCACAGAUCCCACGCCCACCUUCCCCAUUGGCAUUCUGCAGAAGUCGCUCAAGGUGGUCACGGAGCCACCCAAUGGCCUCAAGUUGAAUCUGCGCUCCACAUACUUCAAAGUGCGGCAGGAGCGCCUCGAGAGCUGCUCCCAUCCCGCCUUCAGGCCACUGGUCUACGUGCUGGCCUUCUUCCACGCAGUCGUCCAAGAGCGCCGCAAGUACGACAAGCUGGGCUGGAACAUAGCGUACGAUUUCAACGACACGGAUUUCGAGGUGUGCACCGAGAUCCUGCGCACCUAUCUGACGCGCUGUGGCUCGAAAAUACCGUGGAACAGUUUGAAGUACCUAAUUGGCGAGGUGAUGUAUGGCGGAAGGGUCAUCGACGACUUCGACCGGCGCAUCACCAACUGCUACAUGAACGAGUACAUGGGCGACUUCCUGUUCGACGAGUUUAAGGUCUUCCACUUCUACGAGGACGAGAACGUGGACUACUGCCUGCCGGAGGAGGAGACCAUCCUGAAGGAGGACUACAUAGCGCACAUCGACAAACUGCCGCUGGUCAACAAGCCGGAUGUAUUUGGUUUGCAUCCGAACGCGGAAAUCGGUUAUUACACAAUGGCGGCCCGCAACAUUUGGAACAGUUUGAUUGAGCUGCAGCCGCAGACUGGUGAGGGAACCGGAGGAAUAAGCCGCGAUGACUUCAUCGACUCGGUGGCAGCAGGCAUCCUGAAGAAGCUGCCCCCUGCCUUCGAGACCUGGCGCAUCCGCAAACAGAUCCAGAUGAGCCUGUCGCCCACCGGAGUGGUGCUCCUGCAGGAGCUCGACCGCUUUAAUCUGCUGGUCGUGCGGAUCAAGAAGACGCUGGAGCUGCUCCGCAAGGCGAUUGCCGGCGAAAUCGGCAUGGACAAUGUGCUGGACAACAUUGCCAACUCGUUGUUCAAUGGCCUCCUGCCAGCCGCGUGGAGCAAGUUGGCGCCGGCGACAUGCAAACAGUUGGCCAGCUGGCUGGAGCAUUUGCGGCUCCGUGCCGUGCAAUACAAAUACUGGACGCUUUCCGGAGAGCCCCUGGUCAUGUGGUUGUCGGGUCUGCAUAUUCCGCAGAGUUAUCUCACGGCCCUAGUGCAGAUUGCCUGUCGCCGAAACGCCUGGCCGCUGGAUCGCUCCACGCUGUUCACCUACGUAACCAAGUUUGCGGACCCCGACGAUGUGGAGGAGCGUCCUGUGACGGGCUGCCUGGUGCACGGUCUGUACAUCGAGGGCGGGCGCUUUGACUUGGCCACUAAUCAGCUGGCGCGUUCCCGUCCCAAGGUUCUGGUCGAGGAGCUGGCCAUCCUCGCCGUGGAGCCCAUUGAGGCGCACCGUCUCAAGCUGCAGAAUACUUACCUUGCCCCGGUUUAUACAACAUCGUUGCGAAGGAACGCCAUGGGCGUCGGCCUGGUCUUUGAGGCUAAUCUGGCCACUUCCGAGGAUCUGAGCCACUGGAUUCUGCAGGGCGUCUGUCUUACCCUCAAUACAGAUACCUAGGACGUUUCAUUUAUAAGAAGGCUGACUAUUUGUUAAUAUUAGUUGUUCGUAGUCGAAAUGUUUGUACCACAUUCUAGUACUUCCGUGUAAAUAAAUACUUAGAUCAAAAUCUUGAAAAUUAAA